AUGGGAGGAAUUAAAAAGUACUCCGAUAAGCAUAAAAAAAAGAGAUCUCGAAAUGGGAAACGUAAAAUAAAGAGAAAGGCAGAUGGAUUGCAAGUAUCUUGCCAAAACUCGGAAUUUUCAAGUACUGACGAGUAUGAUGAUGAUGGAGGAAGCCGACGAGAUAGAUACGGGCGAGAUCGAGAGUACGAUCGUCACGAGGACCGGCGGGAGCGAGAGAAGCGACGACGAACUCCAGACAGAGAGUUCAGCGAGCGGGGAGGCGAACGCUACAAACGGCCCAGACACGACUAUGACGACAGCGGGGAAAGAGGCGGCGGCUAUCGUGGUCACCGCUCGUGGAAUGGUCCAGGCAGCAACGGGGCUCCCUACGUUCCUCGACACGUGCAAAACAACCAUUAUCACAUGCAAAACGAGGACGAUAUUCUCCUCUCCUUCAAGAACUGGGUCAUGAAGCAAGAGGACAAUAUCAACGAGGACGAUGCCUGCAAGAACUACAAAGUGUAUAAGACCGAGUUCAAGAAGAAGCAAAUGCAAGAGUUCUUUGUUGCGCACAAGGAUGAAGAAUGGUUCCGGGAGAAAUAUCAUCCCGAUGCAGCCGUUGAGCGAGAGGAACAGUUCAAGGAAGCUGUUAAACUCAGAUGUGAGGCCUGGGAGAAACUUACUGGCGUCGAUAAAAUCUUCGAUGAAAAUUGCUUGGAUAUCACCAAUGAGAAGAACAUCAUCGACCUGCUUGAAACUGCCGUCAUGCUCAUGGAAGGCGCCAGCGAAGAUGAUAUCAAGACAAUCAGGACUCCUAUCGUUAAAUCUGAGACAGAUGGUCCUCCAUCUGAAGGCGAAAAAGCUGACGAAGAAGACGAUGACGAGAAAAAGGGCCGUGGCAAGUUUGAUCGCGGCGAAGACGGAUCUGACGAUGAAUCCGAAAAGAAUGAUGCCAAGAAAGAAGAAGAGGAAACUAAGGAAGACGAAGAAGGCUCCAAAGAUGCUGUUUCUGUCAAGACAGAUCCAGACGCAGCGCCGGAGAAGCCAGAGACAAGUGAAGAUGGAGAGGUCAACGACCCUAGUGACAAGCUUGAAGCAAAACGCAAGGAAGCGCUCAAGCGAGCCCAGACCCACACCAAGUACUCAUCUAUAUUCAUGCGAUCACUGCCGCCUUCGAUUUCGCGCCAAGAUAUCUCAAACAUGUGCAAAAAGUUUGAUGGAUUUAUCCGUGUCGCUUUUUCGCACCCGCAAGACGAUCGCUUUUACCGCCGCUGUUGGGUUACUUUUGACUCUUCUGUCAAUAUAAAAGACAUUUGCUGGAAUCUCAACAAUGUUCGUCUGAAGGAGGUUGAACUCAACCCAGUUGUUAACAGAGAUCUCACUCGUCGUUGUCGCCCAAUGAGUAGUCUGGCUAAUCACAACACCAUCAUGAAGGCGGACAUUCUCAACCUCAUGUCGCUUAUCAAGAAAUUCGACGAGAAAUACGAGCUGUACACGGGCAAACAACCAAAUCCGGUCAUCCUCAAGACGGAAGAUUAUCUUGAGAAGAACCCGGUAGAAGAUGACCCAAAGAACGCUGAUGAGAUCCAUCUCAACUACGACAAAAAAUUGGCGCAAAUCGCUGACAUUCUCACUCUGUAUCUCCGCCUCGUUCAUUCAGUUGAUUACUACAAUCACUCUGAAUAUCGAAACGAAGACGAGAUGCCAAAUCGUUGCGGAAUUAUUCAUGUUCGAGGCGAGCCCCCAAGCAAUCCUAUCAUGCCUUUCGAAAUGAAUGAUUACGUAAAGAAGUUCCUCGAGAAGUGCAACGGAAUGCUCACAGAAGGCACAAAACUAGAUGAAGAGGAAAUCAAAAAGCUAGGAAUGAAAGACGAAGAGGAAGAAAUCAAGAAGUUCAUUGAAGCAAAUACCCAACAGCUCGGCCCAGAAAAAUAUCUUUGCCCACUUUCAGGCAAAAAGUUCAAAGGCCCGGAGUUUGUGAAGAAGCAUAUUCUUAUCAAACACGCCGAAAAAGUCGAAGCGGUCCGCAACGAGGUGAAAUUCUUCAACCGGUACUUGGCUGAUCCAAAGAGGCCCAAUGAUCCAGUGCAAACUAUUCAGCCGUUCCGACCACCACCAGGACACAUGCCACCCGGCCACAUGCCGAUGAGACAUCACCAGCCGGAUCGCCGUGACUCGUAUACCAAUCGCCCAGUCGCCAGCUACAAGGAUCUCGAUGCUCCUGAAGAUGUUGAAAUUUUCUGA